AUGUAUCGCGUACGGCCUGAUACCAGUAAAAGGCUACCGAAUGGAUUGGAGGAAGGGGUUGCGGAUAUCACCUCCAGAACGUCCUGGAGGAUUCCAAAAGGCUUCAGAGGAGGACGGGGAUUGGCAGAAGAUGGGUUUCAGAAGCUUGAUCCGGCAUAUAUGUCGCUUGGUGACUCUUCAUCCUUGGCAAACGUGGCGAACUCGUUACAAUCUUUGUACGUGACCAAGUUAGUGUCGCUCCCGCGGAACCGGUAUAACUGGUUGACGGAAGAAUACUUCACGGAGGGCAUGAGAAGUUUACGCCAUCACUUGGGCGAUCAGACCAGGUAUGAGGUGCGUAUUCAGGAUCGUGUGCCCGCGGGUGAUCAGGAUCAGCCGGUUCGUGGAAGGGUUGAUGCAAUCGAUUACAAUACCGUGUUUGAGUUGAAGUGGACGGACACAUUGCGUACGGAGCAUGUCUUACAACUAGCGACCUACGCUUUGCUCGAUACAAAGGGGAAGCCAGGUCGGAAGUAUAAACUCUUGCACGUUCCGACAGGCCAACUUAUCGAAAUUAAACCACUUGCAGAGCACAAAGGCAAGGAAAAGUUCCUUAAAGUUGUGCAGGAGGUUUUGAAGCAGAAGUUGCGCGUCAGGGAUAAUGGUCUGGGCUUCACAGAUGAGCAGUUUGUGAAGGAGCUCAAGCAGCGGUUCCCCGGGGGUGACGGGGAGAGGUACGUUUCCGAGGUUUUUGGAUACGAGGCAGAGUAG